AUACUCGGUAAUACGAAGUACGGAUUAUACGACAGACCUCAUUGGAGAUUUGGAGCCCAUUGUGUUGCGCAAAACCACAGAAGCUACUCCCAAAUUCCCAAUUCCCAAUUCCCAAUUCCCAAACAAUAAAUGCCUAAUUCAACUCAUUUCAUUAAUUUCCAAGACUUGCAGAAAAAUGGGCUAAUUUAGGAAUAAGAUAUUAAUCCUUUAACGAACUCUUUUAUGCAUGAAUUACCCAUUGGCGGAGUACAUCAUCAAAAUCAAAGCAAGAUCAAAAGAGACGGUCUAGAUUUCACUUACUAUGCAGUCAAUAUUUUCUACCGCAGUAGUACUUAAUUUGACAGAAGAAGUAAAAGCCAUUGAUCAUAAAAGGACAGAAACUUGAAACAAAAUCCCAGAAAAAAAGUGAGAGAAAUUGAACUAUUUGAACCCAGAAGAAAAAAGGGUGAAUCUUGUAGCAAAUGGGGGAGAAAAGAAAGGAUGCAAUUUCAACUAGGAAUGAAGCGCACAAUGAUGAUGAUCAUAAAUCACCCACUUCAGAAUUCCAUGAUGAUGAUGAUGAUGAUGUUGUGACAUAUUGUUGUGAUGUGACUGAUAUAAUGGGGGCGAUGAUAAAAAAGGAGGUGAUGGUAAUGAAGAAUAGGCUUGGAGGGACCAUAAUACCGUGUCCUAAGCGUUCAAAGCUCGCUGCAAAGAUGAGUAGUGGUACAUUUGAUGAAAACAUGGAGACUAUUUGGAGGAGUUUCUCUCAAGACAAAAGGGCUGUAUUUACUCACUUGGAAAGCUUUUAUUUCAACUCCUACAUAAACCGACCAACUCGUGCUUUGGAACUGAUAAGAAAGAAGGAAAUCUUCUCCAAGAAGUAUGUUUUGGUUCCUAUUGUUUGCUGGGAUCACUGGAGACUAGUAAUUUUCUGCCACUUUGGUGAGCCUGCACACUCAAAAACCAGAACAAGGUGCAUCUUGUUGCUCGAUUCUGCUAAGAUGUGUGCAAAUGUUAUUGUUCCUGAUUUGAGAAAGUUUGUCUUCGAUAUAUUUACAGCUGAGGGUCGACCUGAGAGCAAAGAUGUCAUAUUCAAAAUUCCUCUAAAGGUGGCUAAGGUUCCUCAGCAGACAAACGAUGUUGACUGUGGCAGAUUUGUUCUUUACUUCAUUAAACGGUUUAUGGAUGUUGCUCCGGAGAACUUUAGCCUUUCAAAUUACCCUUAUUUUCUGACAUCUGACUGGUUCAAGCCUGAGGAAUUCAAUAAAUUUUGUGACAAACUUGAUGAGGAAACACCCAGACUUGAACAAGGAGUUGAAAAGGUAAUUCCAAGAAGAUAUUCACAAAGGAUGAAAUACACAGGGGCUUCUGCAAAACAACCUUCUCGAAACUCUUUUCCACAACAAGUAAUUUUAAUAGAUGAUUCUGAUUCUGAUUCUGAUUCUGAGACAUCCCCUGGAUCGGACGUUAUCUGAUAGUACAUCUAGUAGCAUUUCUUGCAGGCUGGUAAAGUGAAAGUAUUCAGAUGCAAAGUAUGAAUAAGUUAUUUUGGUAGAUGGUUUCUAGGCAUCCUUUGGCUCAAAUGUAUUCUGAUACAUUAUUGUUGUAUAUAAUUACCAUUAAGAUGCAAAUGUAUCAAUGUUUAAGAAAACCAGUGAACUUUUUUUCUUCUUA